UUUACAGGAGGAACUGGCUGUCAGACGCGGUGCAUUCUGGGAGGAAAGCAUGGCAGCUUCAAGGGGAUUCAGGGACUUGUGAGAUUGUAGAGGAAACCUGCUUCUUCCAAUAUGUGGGGAGUAAAUAAGCUGUUUAGUGUGGGGCGUUCGUUAUGUUCCCAGUUAUUACCAGCUGCCCGCUCGUUUUCUCUUGGACACCGGGAUUUUCUGAAAAAUCAUUUUCGUCCACAGCUCAAACUAACAGACCGCUGGAACAAUAAGCGGGUUAUGUUUGGAGUUUAUGACAAUAUAGGCAUACUAGGUGAAUUUCAGGCACACCCUCGGGACCUGAUUGUGGGCCCUUCCUGGUUGAAAGGAUGGAAAGGGAAUGAGCUACAGAGGUGUAUCAGAAAGCGUCAGAUGGUUGGUACGAGAAUGUUUUAUCGUGAUAGAGAAGAUCUUAAUAAGCGAAUACGUUUCCUGUACAGAAGAUUUAACCGUUAUGGUAAACAUCGCUGACAUGUACAAAUCCAGAUACAGAGACUCUUAAAUUCCAUUUGUUCAUUUCUCUAUGUGUCCCCAAUAAAUGAUUUCAUAUUAA